CUGCUUCAGUCCUGUUAGGUGAAAGAUUCUUCAUCAACAGGUGAAAACAUGUCGGAACCGAGUAAGCAGGACAUCUCUGCCAUAUUCAAGCGCUUACGCUCCAUCCCUACUAACAAGGUCUGUUUUGAUUGCUUUGCAAAGAACCCAAGCUGGGCAAGCAUCACUUAUGGUGUGUUUCUGUGUAUUGACUGCUCAGGAACACACCGCUCACUGGGAGUGCACUUGUCCUUUAUCAGGUCUACUGAACUGGAUUUCAACUGGUCCUGGUAUCAGCUGCGCUGCAUGCAGGUUGGGGGGAAUGCCAACGCCACAACCUUCUUUAACCAACAUGGUUGCACUGCCGGCGCAGCCAACGCCAAAUAUAACAGCCGAGCAGCCCAGCUUUACAGAGAGAAGAUCAAAUCUUUGGCCACCCAGGCUACCAGGCAGCAUGGCACCGAGCUUUGGUUGGACAGUCAGGCUCCUCUGUCUCCUACAUCUCCUGUUAACAAGCAUGAAGAUUUCUUCAGCCAGCACACAAAGAAUGAUGGAAGCUUAUUGGAGCUAAAUCUUAACCAAUCACAGGAUACAGCUGUACAAGAAAGCAAUAAUAAUGAUAAUCAGGAAGGGCCUUCUGUUGAUCUACUGAGUGUUUCUCCAAAAGCUGCUCUAGAGACUUCUUUAAUCAAAAAGAAGCCAGCACCAGUCAAGAAAGCGCUUGGCACUAAAAAGGGAGGUCUCGGGGCUCAGAAGGUGAGCAGUCAGAAUUUCUCAGCACAGGAGAAGCGAGCUCAGGCUGUGGACAGAUUACGUGAAGAAACAGCUGCUGGAAAGAGUUCCAAGCCUGAAGAGCCGACAGUGACCUCUCUGCAACUGGCCUAUCAGGAUUUAGAGCUCCAGAGAAAGAGGGGUGAUGAGAAGCUUAGAGGACUUGAGGGGAAGAAGAAGGAACAGGCUGAAAGGCUGGGCAUGGGCCUGCCCACCAGGAGUGGAGUGUCUCACUCUGUACUGCAGGACAUGAAGACAAUUCAGCAGGACACUCCUACACUGGCUAAGUCCACCUCUCAUUCUAGGAAGUACAUUGAUGAUGAAGAUGAGGAGGAAGAGGGAUAUUUCUCUGUCAGAACUUCUUCCAGAUAUAAUGAAAAUCUGCCCCAGUCCUCUGACCAGUUCUUCUCCCAGUGGGAAGACCUCAAGAAAAAAGAAAACAAGAAACCUGAGCCAGAUGUUUAUCUGAGCUCCAGGAUGUCAUCAUUCGAUGAUGGACCCACAGCGAGGAGAAAAGUCGAGGCUGGCUCACUGCUAGAGUCUGAUGGUGCCCGGAAAAAAUUUGGUGAUGCAAAAGCGAUCUCCUCUGACAUGUUUUUUGGUAAACAGGACAGCUCAGAGUAUGAAGCAAGGACCCGUCUGGAGCGUAUGGCUAGCAGCUCAGCCAUCAGCUCAGCAGAUCUGUUUGAUGAGCAGAAGAAACAGACAACAGGUAGUUCAUACAGCCUGAGCAACGUUCUGCCCAAUGCUCCCGAUAUGACCCAGCUGAAGCACGGUGUCCGUUCUGUUGCUGGUAAACUGUCUGUCAUGGCCAGUGGUGUUGUUUCAUCCAUACAGGAUCGCUACACUUGAGAAUCUACAGACACCAGUCGGAUUAGAUUGUGAAGAAUUAGCUGGAGUCGGAACCACCACUUCUCUGCCUAAAGAACUAACUGCAUUACAAACAAACUGAAGUGAAAGAAAUUUGAUGGCAUUAUUUUAGUAACUCCGAGAGGUUGAUUAUAUGUAAUUAUAGCAAGAAUGACAUUGGUAUUGUGGGCACCUUUGGUAAUUCAGACAUAUGAGACCAAAUGUUUUUGCUUCUGUAAAUAAUUCAUAAAUUGUUUGUUUUGCUUUUUUGUUUGUUACAUGUGAUUCGAUUAUAGGUUGGUUGGUUGAGAGUAACCAAAUCAGUAGGGAUCUUUCUGGGAUUGAUAGCUUUACUUUGUGUACAGCCAUCAAUGUAGUACAGUAAUCACAGCUUCAUUGAAAGAUGACAGUCCACAGGGGGUUUACCCACUAAUUCAGUGCUAAAUAUGAUAGAGAAUUGAGAGUAUGCACCUUUGAUUAAUUAGCACUGGUGAUGUUUACUGCACUUAAUCACAUUGUGAUAGAGUUCAUUUACUGGCUUAGUGAUUCGGAAGGUCGCUGGUUCACACGACCGCCCCACAACUACCAAAUUGCCACUGUUUGGCCCUUGUGCAACUCUCAGUUGCUAGCAUUGUAUUUAGUAAAAAUUGUACGUCACUUUGCAGAAAAGCAAAACGACAACCUAAACAAAAACCUGUUUAUUUAUUCAUUCAUGAAUUCCUCAAAGUUUGUUAAUUAAGCUCUAAAUGUAUGUCAUUGUUUCUUUUUAGACAUUUGAAUCACUUUAAGGAAAUAGUUUGUGGUUAGGAAUUUUCCUAAGCCCAAGACCACAACACACACAUUGCUGUCUAAAAUUUGAAAUGUUAUUAUUAUGGUCCCAUCUUAAGAUGUACUGUAAUGGCUGUAGUUUUGCAUUUGUCAUAUAGUAACAUUUUGCACCUUAAAUGAAGUGCUCCUAGACUUUCAUUUGUUCAGAGCCCUGCUAGUGACAGCCCUUUUAUGCAUAAAUAAUGCCUAGUCAUGACUUAUUCGGGUAUUUCUCCGAAUGCAUGUGGUUGUCCUCAAAAGAUAAGCUCAGCUUCAUAUAAGCUAAUGCUUCAAGUUUAACCCAAAUUAGGAUGUAUCAUCUAAUUCCCACACCUUACACCUUACAAACCUAUCAAAUCUAGUCAUUAACAAAAAAUGUGCUGGACUACAGGCCAAAAUUUGACAUUUUUGGUACAAGGGUUUGGUUCAUAUUACCCAUUUACAAAUUAAAAUAUUAGUCUUUAUGUAAACUAUGCAUUUUAGGCAGUGCAUUCAUUUAUAUGUCAUAAUCUUUUCUCUGCUUUUUUAUUCAAUAUGAUUGUUGUUUCUUUGCCUUUUUGCAGACUACAGGUAGUAAGUAAUGCUAAUACUAUUUUAUGGCUUUAAGGGCUGCGUAGCAAACAUCUUAUUUCUUCUGAGAAGAGAGACUGAAAAUGAAAAAGAAGUGAUAAUUUUGGAUCAGAAUCUAACUUUAAGCUUUGUCACAUGCUAACCCAAAGUAAGCUGGCAGACAGCAUUUGUACUUCAAGUGGAGAUAGAGGUCAAGUGGUAGUGGUUACUGCCUGAUGUAGCAGUUAUAUUAAUGUAAGAAGAACUUUUGAAUAAAACUUUCAUUUCUGCACAAAGA